UUGUAAGCGAUCAGCUAACUUAAAAUUUGUAGAAAUUACAAAAACAUCGAUGUUAUUAAUAAAGAAAUAUAUCAAUGAUUGAUACCUAACAAGAUUGUACAAAUAUCUGAAAAAUGAGCGGUGACGAUUCAGACGAAGAAAAUGUAAUUCGUUACGGUACUCCACUUGAACCGCUUGAAGAAGAUGAAGUACCUUCGAAGAGGAAGUUUCAACAACAGCAAGAUCAGUAUGCGGUUGAUGAGAAUGGCCGCCGAAGGUUUCAUGGAGCCUUCACUGGAGGAUUUUCUGCAGGAUAUGGAAAUACAGUGGGAACUCCAGAAGGAUGGGCACCGAGUAGUUUUAAAAGUUCACGUUUUGAAAAGGCACAGAUUUCUAAUCAAAGACCCGAAGACUUCAUGGAUGAUGAAGAUCGUUCUGAAUAUGGAAUAGCACCUAGAAAUUUACAGACAAAGAGUGAGUUCUCAGGACAAAAGCGACCCCACCAACAGAGAUUUCACGAUGGACCUAUACCUGGAGAACCGGUUCUAGAACAAUUUAUUCGAGCAGUACACGAGACAGCUGCGGUGAAGAUGCUUCGCAGGAUGGGCUGGAAGGAAGGUCAAGGGAUAGGAGACAGACUCACCCGCAGCGACAAGAAACGUGCAGAGAACCAGCACAAGGUGUACGGGUGUUAUAUGCCUACAGAUAUCAGACAGGAAUCCAAGCAGUCCGAAGAAAGUUCAGACUCGGAAUUUGAAUACGACACGUUAUUUGCGCCGGACGAUUAUGACCCCUAUACAAUUCAGCAUAAGAACGAUCGGUUCGGUCUCGGCUACAAGGGCUUAAGUCGACACUCUGUGCUGGGGAACUUGGUCGGGGAGUACGACGGCGCUGGAAGCUCUAAGAGCCAUUUGCUUAUGAAGGAGAAAGGCAAAAAGGUGUCGAUCCGCGGGCAGGCGUUCGGCGUGGGCGCGCUGGAGGCCGACGACGAGGACGUGUUCGCGGCGCCCGACAUGUCGCACUACGACUUCGAGAUAGGGGGCGCCGUCGAGGAGACCGUCAACACGAGGGCGCCGAAAAGCUCCAGUGUUCUGGAGGGCUUCGUGAAGGCAACUAAACCUCCAGCCGCAGUGGCGAGCUACCCCCCACCGGCGCUCCCGAGAGACUACACCCCCGCGCCCGCCGGCGUGCGGCGCUCCCGGUUCGAGCCCACCGCGGAGCCGCAGAGGGAUCAAGGACUGGGACGCCACGAUCUCACGUCGGAAGCUCGAGGCGCUCUACUCGGUGAAGUACCAAUCCCAAAGACAGAGGAACUCGAAGCUACCACACAACCCCAAAACACAGAAGUGACCAAACUCCUCGGAAAGACAAUCAAUUUCGUAACAGAGAAUACACAAAAAGAUAAAGAUAUAGAUUUCAUAUCUAUAAAAGAUAGCGGAAAAGAUAUAAACGUUUUUAAACCGUUUAUAAGCGAUCCGAAAAAACAAGCUCGAUACGAGCGUUACUUGCAAGGUGGAGAUAGUACAGUAGAAAGAGACGGGGCUACUGAAGAGGGAGAUAGAUUGAGUGAUUGGGAGAGGAACAGAGAAAUGAUGGAGUUUGAACAAGCUGCUAAGCUGUAUAGGCCUCUGUCCGGAGUCAUGGGAGAUAGGUUUACCCAUGCAUCUGAGCCAGACGACGGUGCCCUGAACCCCCUAAGUGCUGUGGCUAAGAGCUCAAUUAAUUACGGAUUAGCAACACCAGAGCAAAUCGAAGCAGCUAAAAUCGGUGCUUACGGAGUUAUAACGAGAAAGGAAGUCAAAUGGCGACCGGAGCCGAUUGUCUGCAAGAGGUUCAACGUACCCGAGCUAGGAGCGAGAACGGAACCUAAGAAGGACGAAAAACCCAAAGUAUCCUAUUCUAUAUUCUCGUACUUAGAAUCAUCAGUUCACGACAAAGAGAGCUUUACGAAAGAACAAAGUAAAUUUAGUGGAUCGAAAUCAUUAAACGUUGAUCAUGAAAAGAAACCUAAGAAUAAUAAACCUAUCGAUAUUAACCCAGUUAGACAGUUAGCACACGUCAGCAAGCCUACAGAACCGAUAGAAGCUAACACUGGCCCUAAUAAAAGAAUGACAGUCGCAGAGUUGUUCAUGAAGGAGUCGGAAAAGGACUUACAAAUUAAGAAUAAAGAAAGCGAAGCCGUCCAAACAAUAGAAAAAUUUGACAAAAUGGAUCUUUAUAAAUCAAUAUUCCUGAGUGACAGCGAAAACGAAGAAACCAAUGAAGAGAACACGAGCACAGAUUAUAAAGAAUUCAUUGAGAAACCGAAGAAUGUCGAAAGGAAUACCUCACCACCGAGAGGCAUUUUCGCGAACAUUGAUUUCGAUGAAUUAAAUUCAUGGAAGAGACAUUCUGAAGAUAAAAAUCCUAAAACGAAUGAGAAAACUGAUGAGAAUAAUGUCAGCGAAUCAAAAACUAAAACAAAUGACAACACAAGUGAAAAAAUAGAUAACAAUGACGACAAGAAGGAAACGAAAGAUGCGAAUAGUUCUGUUGAAACAGAAGAAGCUGUAUAUGGUCCGAAAAUUCCAGAAAAAUUACUAAAAAGAUUAGAAUUACCAGAAACCAAUUUUAAACCGAUGUUUCGAACAAAGGAUGAGAGAGAACGUGACGAGUCGUCUAGUUCCGACUCCUGGGUCGAAGCGAAGGUUAAGCCGAAAAAGGAAAAGAAGAAGAAAAGUAAAAAGCAUAAGUCCAAAAAGAAGUCUAAGCAUAAGAAGAAAGAAAGAUAA